UGUGUAUUAGUAGUAGAAACUACAAACUGCAGUAAUGGCUUCGUCACAAGAGGCUUGGACCUUAGAGAACGGUGGUGGUGGCAAUCUCAAGGGUUCCAGCAAGGAAAUUCGCCACCACGGCCGAACUGCUCACAACAUGUCUUCCUCGUCUCUGCGCAAGAAAUCCGAUAUUUCGCUCGUUUCGAAGGUUCGAUGCGGCCUUCUGAGGUUGCUCUUGAGCAAUCUCCAAGAGGUCAUCUUGGGUACUAAACUCUCUGUGCUUUUCCCUGCCGUUCCCCUCGCCAUCAUCGCUUCCAUUUACAACUUUGGAACGCCAUGGGUUUUCGCGUUGAGCUUACUUGGGCUCACCCCACUUGCUGAAAGAGUGAGCUUUCUCACUGAACAAAUUGCAUAUUUUACCGGUCCAACAGUGGGAGGGCUACUUAAUGCAACAUGUGGGAAUGUGACAGAGCUGAUAAUAGCAUUAUUAGCUCUUAAGCAGAACAAGAUAGCAGUGGUGAAGUGUUCCCUUUUGGGUUCUGUGCUUUCAAACCUUCUACUUGUCCUUGGAACUUCUCUCUUCUGUGGGGGCUUAGCCAAUAUCAAGAAGGAACAGAAAUAUGACAGAAAGCAAGCAGAUGUGAACUCUCUUCUGCUGUUGCUGGGACUUCUAUGCCACAUGUUGCCUCUCAUGUUCAAAAUCAAAUACAACGGUAACAACACAAUCACUAAUGGAACUACUGAUCUGACUUCAGACUCAAUUCUCCAGUUAUCAAGAGUGAGCAGUAUUAUCAUGCUUCUUGCAUACUUUGCUUAUCUCUUCUUCCAAUUGAAGACUCAUCGCCAGUUAUUUGAAGCCCAACAGGAUGAAGAUGGUGAUGAAGUGGGUUCAGAAGAAGAGGCUGUGAUCAGUUUCUGGAGUGCAUUUGCUUGGCUGGUGGGAAUGACUGUCGUCAUAGCCCUUCUCUCAGAAUAUGUUGUGGGCACUAUAGAGGAUGCAUCAGAGUCAUGGGGUAUUUCAGUGAGCUUCAUCAGCAUAAUCUUAUUACCAAUUGUUGGAAAUGCAGCAGAACAUGCAGGAGCAAUCAUAUUUGCUUUCAAGAACAAGUUGGACAUAUCUUUGGGAGUUGCUCUGGGGUCUGCAACACAAAUUUCUGUCUUUGUGAUUCCCUUGAGUGUGCUGGUUGCAUGGAUCAUGGGUAUUGACAUGGACCUUGACUUCAACAUCCUUGAGACUGGUUGUCUUGCCUUAGCAAUCAUUGUCACAGCCUUCACUUUACAGGAUGGAACUUCACAUUACAUGAAAGGAUUUGUUCUCUUGCUUUGCUACAUUGUUAUCGGCGCGUGUUUUUUCGUUCUCAGAACUCCACUUCACAAAGUAAAUGCUCUUAACCUUGGAGCUGAAUCAUCAACUGGAGGAGGUUUGGCUGGUCAAUUGGUGAGCAAUCAAGUCCUUACAUUGUUUGAAUUCAUUUAAAUUGUUAAAAAGUUAAAAUAAAAAUGCAUCUAUAAUUUUACUAAUAUGGUAAAAAAAUAAUGUUAAUGCAGGAGGCUAAGAUCAUUGGGGUUAAUCCCCAAUGAAGAACUGCAGCUAGAGUUAAAAACUAUGGUGGACUAGUUCCUCUUGAUCAGUCUCAAAGCAUUCUCCAUUAUUAAUUACUGUUCAUUUUAAUUAAAUUGGUUUUGCCAGUUCAAAACAACUUCA